CGAGCGUAGUCAGUGGAUUCGUAUCCGGGCCAGAGUUUGAUCCACACCAUUUACCGUGGCCAUCCUGGUUAGCGGAGUUAGCCGAAUCUUAUUGAUUCCUUUUUGCAGCCCACUUCCAGAUGAACUUCUUGAAGCUUACAGUUUCGCCAACUGCGACCCAUUAUCUCUUUCUGCGCAAGCAUCAAGCAAGCUCCAGUAGCUCACUUCCGGAAGAUCGCACCUUGUUCUUGGCCAACGUCCCUGUGGAUAGUAGCCAUAGCUGGCUUGAAGUUUUCUUCUCGGAACAUGGCUGCAGUUCAAUUGAAAGUAUCGAAUUCAGUAGCUACAAAACUUCAGGAGCCGAUACCGCGAACGAAUCCAUAGAAGACAAAGAUGACUCGUCAUCCCCGCAUUCCCUGAUUCCACCUCUCCCCGCUCAUAUUCUUCCCUGGUGUCAAUCGGGAGACGUUGCUCAUGUAGUCUUUCAGGAUCCAAGUUCCAUUGACAAAGUACUCUCACUGGCCAAGUCUGAUACACAGCUCAAAUGGCCGCCUUCAACCCACGAGAAACAACUCACGGGAUUGGCUCGCUAUAUCUCCCAAUACAACUCCUCACGCCUGACUCUUGAUGAGGCUCGCAGGCACGCAGAUUCGUUUAUGGACUAUUUCGACGCGAAACAAGCUGCCCAGAAGCAGCAGUCUAAAUACAAAGCGGGAGACGCCAUCGUUGAUGAGGAUGGCUGGACUUUGGUUAAACGUGGAGGCACAUUUGGAAGAGCCUUGGGUGGUAGCCUUGGUAUCGCCAAAGGAGCUUUCAUAAGGGACGCCCAGAGGAAAGGGGGCGUUGGUCCGAAGAGGAUUUCGGAAUUCUACAGACACCAAAGACGCGAAAGGAAGCAAACAGAAUUCGUGCAGAUGAAGCAGAAGUUUGAAAACGAGAAACGUAGAGUCGAGGGUCUCAAGAAAUCGCGGAGGUUCAAGCCUUACUGAAAAGCCUCUCGUCCUUCAUACUUCAAUCUGUCCUGCCUCCAAUUUUUACCCAUCAUUCAAUUAACGUCAUCUACCAUACAGCAAGUCAUCCGGAACCCGUACGACAAUUUACCUACGCAU